AGACUAAACAAUAUAAAUAGUUCAUAGUUUAUAUUUGCUUCUCACAUUUGACGUGAUAUUCGUAAAAUAUAACUUUGACUAAUUGUAUUUAAUUCAAGUGUCUACUUUUCGUUAAUUAUUAAAAGUUUGUGGCAUUUAUCAAUACUAUUCUAAUAGAAAGCAGUAUUGGACAAUUGUUUAAAUUGUGCUAUUUCAAUUGGACUUGAUUUAUGUAAGAUGACUUUUGAAAAUUUACAUCCAGAAGUAGGGGCAUUGUCGUCAUCAACAUAUUUGUUCGUUAAAUGGUUCUUAGGAAUCGUUUCUACAUUCAUUCCAAGCCUCGAACCCGUUAAAAACCCGCUCCUAGCUUUAUCGGCACCUCCUAAAAAUGAUGAUACAACCGCUGCAGGGGGUUCAGCACUACCGGCCAUCAGACAGGAGGGUAAAAAGUUUAGACAAUACGCAACCGCGCUGUCCGCAACGGUCGGACCGUUCGCAGUUGGCACGGUGUUGGCAUGGAUGUCGCCUGCUAUGCCAAUGCUUUUGUCUCCGACUUCGAAGAUCAAAGUAACACCUAAUCAAGGGUCAUGGGUGGGUUCUUUGAUCGCUAUCGGUGCCAUUUUCGGGUCUAUACCGGCUGGCAAAUGCGCUGACAUGUUCGGUCGAAAACCCGUCAUCCUCUGUCUCACCAUCCCAUUCAUCACUAGCUGGACAAUAAUAUACUUUGCGACCGACGUUUGGAUGCUAUACGUGGCACGUCUGAUCGCCGGAUCCUGCCUCGGUGGAAUCACCGCCACCGUCCCGAUGUACAUCGGGGAGAUAGCUGAAAGCUCUAUCAGAGGUGAAUUGUGCUCGUACGUGCAGUUAAAUGUCACAUUGGGCAUAUUGUACGUUUACGCUAUCGGGCCGUUUGUAAAUUACUAUUCACUGGCCAUCAUGUGCGGUAUACUACCGUUGAUUUGGUUCAUGUUGGUUCUAUUGGUGAUACCGGAAUCGCCUAUGUACCUAUUGAAACGUGGCAGGAAGGAAGAUGCAGAAAAAGCGUUGGUAUGGUUGCGCGGGAAAGACUACGACAUUGCCAGCGAAAUGGAGACGCUGCAAUUGCACAUCGAGGAGUCGAAGAAGCACACUGGCAAGUUCAAGGAUAUGAUAUCAUCCAGAGCCACAAUCCGCGCAGCAAUCACCGUCUUGGGACUACUCAACUUCUUGUCGUGUUCGGGCAUAAACGUGCUAAUAUUCUACGCACAGUCCAUUUUUGAGACCAGCAACUGCAGUGUGUCUCCGAAACUCUGCUCCGUCAUCAUCGGAGUCCUUCAAGUCAUAUUCACUUUCGCUUCUUCACAACUGGUGGACAGGGCCGGUCGGCGAGUACUUUUGCUGAUAUCCGACUCCGUCAUGGCCGUAUGUCUCGGCACUCUGGCCUACUAUUUCUGGCUUCAGGAACACGGCGUGGACGUGUCCUCGUUCAAUCUGAUACCGCUUAUCAGUUUGGGAGUGUACAUUAGUACUUUCGCACUGGGAUUCGGUCCCAUCCCGGGCGUUAUGAUCGGCGAGUUGUUCAGUCCGGAAUUCAAGGGUUUGGCGAUCGGCAUCGUGUGCGUGCUCGCUUCGCUGAUCGAGUUUUGCGUCGUCAAGACGUACCAGACACUGUUGAAUUACUGCGAUCACGGCAUCACGUUCGCCAUAUUCGCCGGGUUUUGCGUUCUAGGCACCACGUUCGUGUGGUUCCUGGUGCCGGAAACGAAAAACAAGUCUCUUCAGGAAAUCCAGGACGAGCUCUCCGGCAAGAAAAAGCCGAAAGCAGGCCAGUCGCAAAACGCAACAAGAUCGCAGCCCGCCAGUGCAUGAUUUUAAUGAGAAGUGAUAACAUAACAAAUUUAAAAUUUAUAACGUUGCGACUUGGAUCGCAAUUUAUUACGUAAUUAUUACGUACCCUGUGUUACAACCGCGCGACAUAUAUUAUAUAUUAUUAAUUGUAUUCGCGCGAGUUCAAUGAAUAAAUAAUCAUAAUUACAAAUAUAAUAA